AUGGCUUCUUUCUUAGUACCUUUUAUGGGUUUGAAUGCUCACCGAGAGGGGGUUCUUAUGGACGACGUUUGGGUUCUUGAUUCAUCGGGCUUCACUUACACCAACAACAUGCAAAGAAAUAUCAGAGAUCGUGUGGCAUUGGAUUACAACCACAACAUGCAGAACAAUGAAACAGAAAGAGGCUAUGUCUUUGAUUCAGUCGACUUGCAUAGUGGUGUUUCAAGUGAGGAGUCCACGACACAAGAUUAUUUUCAAAAUCUUGAAGAGGACACGAUUGAAGCAGAGUCUUCUUCCAUCACAGAUUGUUCUAUUUGUCUCGUGGAGAUUGGGUCAAGAGAAAUAAUUGGCUUGCCUUGCUCACACAUGUUUCAUCGGGAUUGCAUCGCUAAGUGGCUCAAGAUUCGCGAUACAUGUCCUUUAUGUAGAUGCAAUGUCAACGAAUGA